AUGGAGCAAGGCACUGUCACAAGUCUAGCAUUCUGUUCGUUAGGUGUCGCGGCGGCAGGUCGUUUGCAGCGGCGGGCACCAGGCUGUGCUGCGUGCGCCAGGGGGUACUGGGGCAGCGGCUGCAGGCAGCCAGUCAAAAGCGCUCGGAAUGUAAGGCUUUCAACCCAAAGACGUCGAUUGGUCUGUUGUGCCAACGAGUCUGAGCGUCCACUUAGCGUCGCAGAUAAAACAGAGCAACUGCUCUCUGCGCUGAAAGCAGUCGUGGACCCCGACUUGGGGCAGGACAUUGUGACGCUGGGGUUUGUGAAGAAUAUACAGUUCGGAGGUGAUGAACACUAUGGAACCGUAUCGUUCGAUGUUGAGCUGACGACGCCAGCAUGCCCCAUUAAGGAGCGUUUUCGUGAGGAAUGCACGAGGCUUGCGGAGAGCCUGCCGUUCGUCACGCGUGCGAACGUACGGCUAACAGCCCAGACGCCAAGUGCAGCGGCACCUGAAGCGGGAGGAUCGCGCGAUCCGCUUUCACAGGUUUCUAACAUCGUUCUGGUGACGUCCGCCAAAGGCGGCGUAGCGAAAUCCACCACAGCUGUGAAUCUGGCAUUCGUGCUGGCAAGGCUCGGCGCUCGAGUGGGUAUUCUCGAUGCGGAUAUCUACGGGCCAUCGCUGCCGAUCAUGGUGAAUCCCGAACACAACGAGAAACGGAUUCGACUGACCCCAGACGGGCUCAUGGUGCCGCUGACGCGUGCGGGUGUGAAACUCAUGAGCUUUGGUUACAUCAACUCAGAUCCGGCGAUGCUACGAGGACCCAUGGUUUCCUCGCUCCUCACGCAACUCAUCCAGCAGACCGACUGGGGCUCACUCGAUUACCUUUUGGUGGACUUACCGCCUGGCACUGGUGAUAUUCAGAUCACCCUGGGCCAGGUGCUGAAGGCCACUGCAGCGGUUGUCGUAACCACACCGCAACGCCUCGCGUUCGCCGACGUUGUGAAGGGUAUCCAGCUUCUAGACAAAAUGGCUGUUCCGCCGAUUGCAGUCGUGGAGUCAAUGGCCUAUUUCGUUGCUCCGGACACAGGAAAACGCUAUGAUCUCUUCGGAAAAGGGCACAGCGCCCGGAUAUCGCGAGAGUUCGGCAUUCGCAGCACGUUCCAAGUGCCACUAUGGCCCGAGAUCAACGCGGCUGGCGAUACGGGAACGCCUGUAACGCUCACGCUCCCCGAGACGAGUGAAAUUUUCCAAUGCUACCGCCGAAUCGCCGAAAACAUCGUUCAGGAAUGUGCACGGGUUCGCUUCGGAGCUGUACCCAUCCCACAAGCGAGGUGGGAUGCAGAUCAUCGUGAAAUUGUGGUGCAGCUCCAGGAUCACAUGGAGGAGCGCAUUCAACCUGCAGCACUCCGGAGGGCGUGCCGUUGUGCCGCAUGCGUGGAUGAGUGUACCGGCAAACAACUGCUGGAUCCGAAUUCAGUUGACGACAACAUAUACCCGAUGCAAAUGAUGAAUGUCGGGAAUUACGCCCUCGCCGUGAACUGGAGCGACGGCCACCAGUCGAUUAUGCCGUGGGAGCGCUUCCUUGCGGGAUACCGUUCGGGUAGCCGCGGACGUCGGAUCGCGGAGACAGCCGCCCUGGACUCUAUCACAGCCUGA